UUCUGCCGCCGCGAAACGACCUCGCUGGCGCGGGGACACGGCUGUCACGCAUGCGCGGCUGCUUUGACGGUGCGGUGGGAAGUUGCGCGAGUGCGCGCGCUCCUUCUCCCUCGCGCUCGCGUGCGAGGAGGAGCGCAAGAUGACGUGGCUGCGCCGCGGCGCGCGAAGACGGGUCAUUGCGCGAGCCGGAGGCGCCUGUUCGGGAGGUGGGAAAGUGACGGCGACGAGACCCCGCCCCUCAGGCAGCUCCUCCUCCACCCUCUCAAGUGGGGUGUCCCUGUGCCACCUUCCCCCCCUCUAACCCUCCCCCCUCGCGCGCCGCCAUGGGGACCGAGCCCCGGCAGGCAGGGGGAGGGGCUGCUGUCCCGACCCUGAGUGAUCUAGCGGGAGCCUGAAAUUUGACUUGAGCAUAAGCAGUGAGAUGUUUUGCCAUUUGGGGGCUGUGAGGAGGUUGUGUCUGGAGAAAAUAUUGCUACAGUGGGUUCUUCAGGCAAGAGGUUUGUCAGGGGCUGAAGCCGUCAAUGCUCUCAGACCUUUCUAUUUUGCUGUGCAUCCAGAUUUCUUUGGCCAGCAUCCCAGAGAGAGGGAAAUCAAUGAAAACUCUCUUAAGAGGUUAAAUGGCUAUUUGGAGAAUCUCCAGAAACCAGGAUUUAAGUAUUUUAAACCAACUUCACUCACUUUUUAUGUGCGAGAGAGAGAACAAAAUUCUUCCGAUGUCCAAGAAUCCUUCAGUGCUUCAGGUUUUCGAGCCGUCACUUUUACUUUGCAUACCAGAGAUCUACUAAGCACAGUAUUAGACAUUCUCAACUCCUGCAGCUUAUCUACUGAGCAUGUCCAAAGUUUGAAUGCUAAUGUGAAUUCUCAGCCUCACAAAGAAGUCAAAGGGACAUUUUACAGGUCUAUCAAAUGGGAUAAGACUUAUUACUCAUUUACUGGAUUCAAGGAUCCCGAGGAGGAACUAGAACAAGCCCAGAGAGUGGAAACUACUCUAAUCUCCUGGUUAGAUGAUAGUGGAAAAAGUGCAAUAAAAAAGCUGAGAAGCAGCUUACCACUUAGGGAAGAACUUAGCCGUUUAAAAGAUGAACUUGCUCAUCAGCUGCAAUUGUCUGAUAUCAGAUGGCAAAGAAGCUGGGGUAUUGCCCAUCGUUGUAGCCAGCUACACAGUCUAUGUCGGUUAGCUCAGCAGAGCCCAGAACCACUACGAAAUGUUAAAGGACACACGGUAGUAUUCACGGACUAUUCAGGUAUGAGUGCCACAGGCCAUGUCAUGCUAGGAACAAUGGAUGUUCACCACCACUGGAUCAAAAUUUUUGAGAGAUUGCCUAGCUAUUAUAAACUUCAAAAGAAAGUGCUACUUUUGGAGGACCAUAUAAGUCAUCUUCUAGGAGGCAUACAAAUGACGUACAUUGAAGAGCUGCAACCACUGUUAACUCUUGAAGAGUAUUAUACCAAUCUUGAUUCUUUCUAUAAUAGAUUGCGUAACAGUAGACUGUCUUUUCACCCUCGUAGUCUGCGUGGCUUGCAAAUGAUUCUAGAAAGUGAUAGGUACGCUCCAAGCUUGCAUGAACUUGGGCAUUUUAACAUCCCAACAGUGUGUGAUCCAUCAGCCCUUCAGUGGUUUAUAAUUACCAAAGCAAAGCAAGCAAGGGAGAAUCAGAAAAGAAAGGAAGAGUUGACAGUGAUGGAAAAAGAGCUUAUCAGUGCUUCCACUGAAAAAUUUUCUCUGAAACACCUGUAUAAGGAACCAAGUAUUUCCCAUGCACAGAUGAUAGACUGUUGUCAGCGACUGCUGGAAGAAUCGCUCCCAUACCUGCAAGGCAUGCACCUCUGCAUUUCACACUUUUAUUCAGUGUUGCAAGAUGGAGACCUCUGUAUCCCUUGGAACUGGAAAAGCUGAGGGUCUGUCUAAUAGAGGAACUGUCUAUUUUCUCUAGGAGGCUAUAAACAUGAAUUAUUUUCUCGUAGAGUAAAUUAUUUAAAUGUGUAUUUUGAUAUCAGUAUUCUAACUAAUCCAAGAAUUUUGUUUUUAAUUGCUGCUUAGAAAGUAAACCUUCAGUUUUAAACAGUCGGCUGAAUAAUGUACACUAUUGCCUGUUCAUGCCUAAAAAACAGUAUGGUUUACAUACUCUCAAGAAGUCCCAUCAUAGGCAAGGGGUAAUGAAAGGGUAUUUUUGAUAGUUAAACACAACUUUUGAAUUAGAUUUGAAGGUUACAAAAAGCAUUUUGGUUUGUUUGUAAUAUACAUGAAGAUUCCAGGAUGGAUUUUAUUAAGCACAUAGUACAUACUGCCGGGCUUGAGAGGUACAAUGUCCAUCUAAAGUAGGUGAUUAAUUGGAUUAAAAAAGUAAGAAAUAUCUUGUCAAAGUAGAUUUUCAGGGCAGAAAAAGCUGUAGAAGUAAUUCUAGAGUCCUUUAAAUAUCACUAAUUAUCUGGUGCCAAUAAUGUAGUUACAUAUUGCUACAUAUCUUACUGUAUAAGAAACAGAAGAAGGAAAAAUCCUUCAAUGUUUUUAUUGUGCUUUGAACAUUUUUUGAAGAGUUUAUUUUAAAUAUUAUCCAAUAUCUGUCCAUUAGAGUAGCUGGUCAACACUUUUAAAAAUAUUUGACAUCCUAUUUGCAAAUAGAUCUACAUUAUUGUUACCAUCAUUUCUUACUGGAGAUAAACAACUGAUGUAUCUUAAGUACACUGUAUCUAUGGACAUGAAUGUGAAACUCUUACUCAUACUGGUGAGCACUGUUUUGCAUAACUAGUCCUGAUGAAAUCUAGGGGUGCUAGAAGUCAGUGUCUGUGGGACUAUUCAUAAAAAUAAAUGCUCACUAAAGUAAGUAUGAGGGUCACAACCCUGAGAAUCAGACAUACUGAACUUCAUAUCUGAAAACUCUACUAAUUAGUAAGAUAAGGAUUGAGAGCUUAUUUUCCAAGUAAAUGUUAGGCAUCUUAAAAAGCUGCUGUUUCACUGUAUUUCACACUAGGGGACAUGCUGUGUUUGAGUCCUGCAUCUUGUGAAAUCAUCUGAAAGGAACUAGCCAGUUAACAUUUUUUGAACAUAGAUUCAUAUUUCAAAACUAGCAAAAAUACUGUAAAAUAAAUAUGCAUAAACUAUGUAUAUUAUUUCUCAUUUGUGUUAUUAAGAUUGCCCAUCACCUCCCAUUAUAAGAUCAUGUUUUCCCUUGCUUAUAACUUGGCUAUACUUUAUCAAUUUGGGCUGAAAUUUUCCGUGCUUGGUGUCUGGCUCAUGCUAAAUUUUUUGAAAAACUUCAGCAGAAAUGGUUCACCAUUUCUGAGAAUGAGGCAAAGGAAAAAAAUAUUGUUUGCCCAUGUUAAGUUCUUGAUUCUUCUUGAACUGUUCUAGCAUACCUGUGCUUUGGUGCAAGAGGGUUGAUUUUGUGUCAUGGAUGUGACUUUUGUCUUGCCCAUGAAAAUCCACUUGAAUUUGGCCAAGUUUUAAGUCUUUGAAGAAUUAUGCACAGUAGAGCCUUACUAGAGAUUUCCAUCCUCACUGAAUAUGCUCCAACAAGACUGUGCAUGCAGCAGUCCCACAGAACACCUGCGCAUGCUAUAGCAGGGGUGGGGCAAUAAUUUUUGGUGGGGGGCCACUCCAAGAUUUUGGUAUGUGGUCAAGGGCUGC